GGUUUGUGGUUUGUUUGCACCCAGCACCGCGCCGCGCGUGAAUUGAAAUCAGAAUGGACGUUUUGUCGCGACCGGCCGAAGAAUUCGGCAACGAUGACGCCUUGGAGAAUAUGUGGGCAAUGAAAGCGAUCGAGCAUGCAUCGGUCCACUUCAAUCUUCUGUGCAGCGUGGACCCCCGGUUACUUCGCUUGACACCGUACGAUGACCAGAUUUACGAGCAGUUUCGCCUCAUGUUUCCCAGUAUGAACGUUAGAGUAGUCGAUGAGGACGAGGUCAAGAGUGCCACCGGAAAGGAAAAAUGGAGGACGUAUAUGGAAAAGUUUAACCGACUGGAAGACUACAACAUGGGGACGCUGCUGCGUGCGAAUGCGGAAGAAGAGUUUCGGCCAGAAAACGCGCUGCUCGUGGUGAGGGCCCAGUUUUGGGCGAUAGAAAUCGCCCGCAACAGAGAGGGACACAACGAUUGCAUUCGGACCAAGUUUCGUGGCGUCGGCGUCAGUAAGGUCAACGAAUAAAGCGCACUUUU